AUGGCUGCUACCACUACUAGGAUAAGCGUUCUUAUGCUUGUCCUCCUCCUCCACCUCCACGCCGCGACGUCGGUAUCACCAGCUUCGUCUCUGGGUCAAGAAUCCCCUCCGCUUGAUGCGGCCCGGACGAAUUUCUUCUGGCGCUUCCUGCGAAGCUGGCAAGCAGCGCAUCAUCCGCCGCGAUCGGUGGCUGGCGCGGUGAAGCGGCCGUCGCUAUGGCUUCAGUACCGGCGCCACCUGAGUGGGAAUCCUGCUGACGCGAACGUUGACCUGGCAUCGUUUACGAAAUACCACGGGGACGGCGGGCCGUACUCGCUGACUCCUGGGAUCGAUCCCAUCGACCACUCGCUUGAUGACGUGGCAACGCCUUUCGGACGGCGUCGUCGACUGCAAACGAAGAAGCAGAAGGGACCAUGCACCCCCCUCUCGGAAGCCAAGGUCAUCUCCGUUUCAAGCCCGUCCGACAUCGAGAAGCGCCUACAGUACCCCAAUUCCGUCACCGUCAUUCUCGAGGUCACCCGCGACCUCGUCCUUCCCAAGGGACUCGUUUUCUCCGGCGCCUACCGAUGCACAAUUUUCCGGUCAGCCCAGGGAAAGCGAAACUUCAAGGUGUCUCUAAUGGGAGACAAGGAGCCGGUGAUUCGCGUGUGGAACACCAGUAAUGUGGUUAUAUUGAAGCUGGACUUUUGGCUUGGCGUGACGGCGCGGUCUGGUGAAUGCGAGUUGCUACUAGACACCGAUAUAGGCAGAGAUAACACGUGUCCAACGAUCCAUAUCUGGCGGUCGCAUAACAUUCAGGUCGCGAAAGGGAGCUUCUGGGGUCGGAUCGACGUGUUCCGUGCGAUGUCUACGCGUAUAGACAGUAUGAAGGGUACCGGGUUAACACUUUUCGCCAAGUCGCCAGGAGUCAUUCGCGUAGCGUUUUCAGGUUACGGCCCUGCGCUGCUGAAAGCCUGGGUGUCGCUGACGAAUAACGAGUUGUACGGUGUAGACCAGCCGAUUGUGCUUCAAAACGGCGCGGUGGGGGUUAUAGCGAGGAACAACUACAUCCACGACUUUUUAUUCGCGGGGAUUCGAUGCGGAGCUGACGUGUACAACCAGGGGGAUUGCAUGCUUACGACGCUCAGCAACAACCUGAUCGUCGCGUCCGGGCGGAACAUGUCGGGCGACCACGACGCGGCAGGGAUUUACUACUGCACGCACUUUUUCAACCCGGGGAACAUCGCGGAGUGCAAUUACAUCUUCAACGGCGACCACUGCUAUUAUCUGGACUACGCCACGUCGGGAGUGAUUAUACGCGGUGGUGCGUGCAUCAACACGUACGACGGCGUGAAAGUCAACAACGGCCACUGGAAUGUAAUUGAAGAUGUGAUAUUAAAGGGCACGGUGGGCAUUCCGGGAUGGUGCCAAUGCUUAACGCCCACUCUUAACAACUGCGCCAAGAAGCCUGGCACCUACUGGGAGGAGAUGCGCAUUAAGUACUACAACUCGCCUGUUAUCAACCAGAAAUGGCCGUGGUUCAAAUCAAUCUCGCAUCAUCCGCCGCGAUCGGCGGCUGGCGCGGCUAAACGGACGUCGCUAUGGCUUCAGUACCGGCGCUACCUUCGUGGGAAUUCCGCGGACGCGAACGUUGACUUGGCGUCAUUCACGCAAUACCACGGGGACGGCGGGCCGUAUUCGCUAACUCCUGGCAUCGAUCCUACCGACCACUCGCUUGAUGACGUGGCAACGCCUCUCGGACGGCGUCGGCGACUGCAAAAGAUGACGCAAAAGGGACCUUGCACCCCCCUCUCGGAAGCCAAGGUCAUCCUCGUUUCAAGCCCAUCCGACAUCGACAAGCGGCUACAGUACCCCAAUUCCGUUACCGUCAUUCUCGAAGUUACCCGCGACCUCAUCCUUCCCAAGGGCCUCGUUUUCUCUGGCGCCUUCCGCUGCACAAUUUUCCGGUCAGCGCAGGGAAAGAGAAACUUCAAAGUGUCUUUAAUGGGAGACAAGGAGCCGGUGAUUCGCGUGUGGAAUACCAGCAACGUGGUUAUUCUGAAGCUGGAUUUCUGGCUGGGCGUGACGGCGCGGUCGGGUGAAUGCGAGUUGCUACUAGACACCGAUAUAGGCAGAGGCAACACGUGCCCUACGAUCCAUAUCUGGCGGUCGCAUAACAUUCAAGUCGCGAAAGGGAGCUUCUGGGGUCGGAUUGACGUGUUUCGUGCCAUGGCUACGCGUAUAGACAGUAUGAAGGGUACCGGGUUAACGCUUUUCGCCAAGUCGCCAGGAGUCAUUCGCGUAGCGUUUUCAGGUUACGGCCCUGCGCUGCUAAAAGCCUGGGUUUCGCUGACGAAUAACGAGUUGUACGGUGUAGACCAGCCGAUUGUGCUUCAAAACGGCGCGGUGGGGGUUAUAGCGAGGAACAACUACAUCCACGACUUUUUAUUCGCGGGGAUUCGAUGCGGAGCUGACGUGUACAACCAGGGGGAUUGCAUGCUGACGACGAUCAGCAACAACCUGAUCGUCGCAUCCGGGCGGAACAUGUCGGGCGACCACGACGCGGCAGGGAUUUACUACUGCACGCACUUUUUCAACCCUGGGAACAUCGCGGAGUGCAAUUACAUCUUCAACGGCGACCACUGCUAUUAUCUGGACUACGCCACAUCGGGGGUAAUUAUCCGCGGUGGCGCGUGCAUCAACACAUACGACGGCAUGAAAGUUAACAACGGCCACUGGAAUGUGAUUGAGGAUGUGAUUCUGAAGGGCACGAUUGGGAUGCCGGGGUGGUGCCAGUGCUACACGCCCACUAUCAACAACUGCGCCAGGAAGCCGGGGACCUACUGGGAGGAGAUGCGGAUCAACUACUACAACUCACCCGUCAUCAACCAGAAGUGGCCAUGGUUUAACCUCCGCAACUCGCCGUGCGUCGUCCCGUCCGCGUUUCCGCUACCCGUACCUCCCCCUCUAUGUUCUCCAAUCUCCGCCUUUCUUCCCUGCGUCCCGCCUGCCAAACUUCGCUUCGCCCUUUCUCCCAUCUCCCCUUAUCCUGGUCUCAGAAUGCCCCCGUUUCCACUCUCCAUCCCCUCUCCGCGUUUGCCGUUUUCUCUUCUCCCCCUCCCCCUCUCCCCCUUUCUCCCUCGCUCUCUUUCCCAUCCUCCCCCUCCCCCCUUCUCCCCCUCUCCCCCCUUCUCCCCCCCUCCCCCUCCCCCCUUCUCCCCCUCUCCACCCUUCUCCCCCCUUCUCCCCCUCCCCCCUUCUCCCCCUCUCCCCCCUUCUUCCCCCCUCCCCCUCCCCCCUUCUCCCUCUCUCCCCCCUUCUCCCCCACUCCCUCUCUCCUCAGAAAGCCUCCAGCAACCCAACUUCCUGAAGCGUUUCGUGACGACGUGGCGGCAAUGGCACCGCACGGUAACUUCUCGCUCGUCCACGUCAACAUUGCUGCAGCACCGGCGCUACCUCAGCGCCGAUCCGGCGGAGGCUGCUGACGUGGCGCGCGUGCUGCGCCGACGUGGCGGGUGGUGGCAUGACGCGGACGGCCAGGCGUACGUUUCAACUUCUGGAGACGAGGCGAUACAGGAGGUGACCGAUGACGUGGCAGAAGGCAUCGUUUCGCGGAGAAGGAGAAAGCUGGCAGUAGGGGAUGCGGCGGGCCCUUGCACUCCGCUCGCUGACGCCAUACUCAUUACAGUCACAACCGAAGAAGACAUUGCUAAGCGGACACAGUACCCCAACAAUCAGACCGUUAUCUUAGAAUUGGCCAACGACAUUACGCUUUCCAAGGGACUUGUUUUCGGCGCUGCGUAUCGGUGCACCAUCUUCCGGUCGGGCGCAGCUAAAGCAAACUACAAAAUUGCUUAUAUGGGGGACACGCAGCCACUGCUGCUUAUAGCGAACACCAGCAACGUGGUCAUCCUACGCAUUAAUUUCUGGAUGGGUGUAACAAUGCGGUCUCCGGAGUGUACUGAUUUCCUGUACACGGAUCUUGGGUCGGGCAACACGUGCCCUACAAUUAUGCUGUGGCGCGUGCACAACACGCAGGUCGUCAAGGGCUCUUUCUACGGGCGUAUUGAUGUCCUCCGAGCCAUGUCAUCGCGUGUUGACAGCAUGAAGGGUACCGGGUUACCACUGUUCGUCAAGUCCCCUGGCGUCAUCCGAGUGUCCUUUUCGGGGUACGGGCCUGCUCUCCUCAAGUCAUGGGUCGCGAUUACAAACAAUGAAGUGUAUGGCGUGGAUCAGCCAAUCAUUCUUCUGAAUGGCGCAGUCGGGGUGAUGGUCAGAAGAAACUACAUCCACGACUUCUUAUUCGCUGGAAUUCGGUGCGGAGCAGAUGUGCACAACCAGGGGGAUUGCAUGCUGACGACGAUCAGCAACAAUCUAAUCGUCGCGUCUGGACGGAACAUGUCGGGUGAUCAAGACGCCGCGGGGAUUUACUACUGUACACAUUUCUUCAAUCCGGGGAAUGUUGCAGAGUGCAACUACAUUUUCAACGGAGACCAUUGCUAUUAUCUGGAUUACGUUUCGUCGGGAAUCAAGAUACGCGGAGGAGCGUGUGUGAACACGUUUGAUGGGAUGAAGGUCAACAACGGGAAAUGGAACGUUAUAACAGACGUGAUUAUGAAGGGGACGCAGAAUACGCCUGGUUGGGUGGCGUGCUUCACGCCCACAAGCAACAACUGCCUCACACACUCUGGGAUGUACUGGGAGCAAAUGCGGCUAAAAUACUACAAUUCACCCGCGAUAUUGAAG